CCAUAUAAACUCCACAGAAGAAGAAGAGGAACGUAUUAGGCUGAUGCACAGCCCAUACAGAAACUGGCGGCAUGCACCCAUAACGUUUGUUUGCAGACCACAGUAAUAUCGAAUAAGAAGAUUAGGCACGGACGGCAAGCAGUUGUAUUGAAAAGGUCGCAUGUUGAGCUCAGAGAGGCACGUCAACUUCACUGAAAAGGGUAGCCAAUCACCAUACUUCUGAAAUGCCGAAUGGUAAAGCGAAGGAUCGUUUUCUGAAGCCACUUGUAGCAGACUACGAGGAACUGCUGGGUCGUUUCCAACAGACGGAAUCCGUGCGGUUUGAGGAAUUUACUGCUAUUUGGAGAAACAUGGGCUUCUCAAGUGUAUUUUACGGUUCACUUGCUGGUAAUGAGAUGAGGGAAUUCUGCCACCUAACCCUGACCAUGGCCUUCAACUACUUCUUACCCCCAUAUAGCUUCCAGAUCAGAGUGGGGGGUCUGUACCUUCUCUAUGGCCUAUACCACACACAGCUCGCUUCACCUAAAGAGAAGAUCAGGAUUGCCCUAAAGGACUGGGAGCAAAUUCAGAAGUUUUACCAGGAUUCGGUGAAUUCGCAGCACUAUGAUGCAGUUUACAUUAUCAGGAAGCUAAUAGCUGAGAAUGCUGUCCUUUACACUGCCAUGCCUCAGAUGUUGACCUUCCGUGUGAAGAAGAAGCCCCAGCAUCACAAGGUGUGCGAGGAGUUCCGUGACCGACCAGAAAGGGUCAAGGACCUCAUCUCUACAGAUAUGCUACAAGAGGUGGCUAACAUUCAGGGUCACCAUGAGCGGCUGAAGGCGUCCGUCUUGGAGAGGUCAUCCAUUGCGGUGACCCAACAGGACCUGCCUGCCCGCUUGCACAGCUGUGUGCUUGAGUUCCUCCACUGGCAGGACAGGCAUGAGAACCAUGGAGAUGCAGACCACUUGGUUUAUGCUGAGGAAAAAGCCCAGCAGGUCGAGUCUUCCAAUAGGGCACAGCUUCUGGCAUCCAUCAAGACAAAAUCAUACGGGUGUCUUGCAGAGGCCUCGAGGUCACGGCGGCAUCGCCAGGUGGAGAUGGACACAUCCAUUUCUGGAACAGGCUACAUUAAACAGGCUCCCAAAUAUCACAAAAGUAGGGCGCCAUCACUCAAGGCCCGAACCAACAAGAACCUCUGUGGGGAAGGAGAUGAACAGAAGAUCCAAUAUUGGCUCCUUAGUGCUGCUGAGGAGGACAAGACUGCAUUGAAAAGACAGAAGCGAAAACACAGUUUCCGGUGGUGAAGAGAAUGCUGAGGAUUUGGGCUAUAACUGCUAAAGGCUAAUACAUUAGGAGAACACUAAAUAUCCACAUAAUGAAUAUAUUCAUCAAGUUGUCUGAGGACUUGAGCCAGUUAAUUACUGUGCAUAUAACAGGAAAUGUAAUUAACAGAGCACUUUUGUUUUUGUGUACAAAUAAAUGUGGCCACAAAUUUGCAUCAUUC